GUUUAGUAGAAGUUUGGUGGUUCUCGAUUUUUUGGAAAAAUGAGCGAGCCAGAGCUUGAAAAUGACAACAACGAAGUCCGGGAUCGUUCCCGAUCUCGUUCCCGUAGUCCGCAGGCACGUCGUUUGUGGGUUCAGGACUUAUUCCUGAACCGAAACGAAACCGGCAACCGGCUACUGACCGACAUCACGACAUCGGGUAUAUACGAGACGAUGAACCGAUUUUUAAGGAUGAAGAAGGAAGAUUUCUUCCAUUUACUGUCCCUUGUUAGUCCAAAAAUUACGAAAAUGGACACAGAUUUCCGCAAAGCAAUCACGGAACAGGAAAGGCUGCUGAUAACAUUGCGGUAUCUUGCGACUGGAGAGACAUUUACCAGCCUCCAAUACGUGUUCCGGGUGUCGAGGCAUUCUAUCAGCAGAAUAGUUAAAGAGACGUGCACAUGUCUUAUCGAGGCUUUGCGGGAUUAUGUCAAGCUACCCUCUACCGAAAAAGAAUGGCUUGCAAUCUCAAGACGAUUUGAGCAGCGCUAA